AUUAGCAGGUUCUCUUUUAGUAUCACCCAGCACCGCCGGCGCAUGCGCCGGGAAGACGACUUUUCCUCCCAAUUGGGCUGCAUAGAACGUUAGCGCAUGCGCGUGGGUCUGCGAAUGCCCCCCCCCUACUUCAAGGGCUAUUGCGCAUGUGCUCUCCGAGUGGAGGGGAGUGAGGACCGUUGCUCAGCUUCGCGCAUGCGCACGUCGCACCCUUAUCGUACCUUGGGACACAAACACGCUGCUGUUGUUGUUUUCUCCUUGCAGCUGGGGCAGGAAGAUGCCGGGGAAGCUGAAGGUCAAGAUCGUGGCCGGACGCCAUUUGCCAGUAAUGGACCGGGCCAGUGACCUGACUGAUGCCUUCGUGGAGGUAAAAUUUGGAAAUACCACAUUUAAGACAGAUGUGUACCCCAAAUCCCUCAAUCCUCAGUGGAACUCAGAAUGGUUUAAAUUUGAGGUAGAUGAUGAAGACCUCCAAGAUGAGCCCCUGCAGAUCACAGUUCUAGAUCAUGACACCUACAGUGCUAAUGACGCCAUUGGCAAAGUGUACAUUGAUAUUGAUCCUUUGCUCUAUAGUGAGGCAGCUACAGUGAUCUCAGGAUGGUUUCCAAUUUAUGAUACCAUACAUGGUAUCCGUGGGGAGAUCAAUGUGGUAGUGAAAGUAGACCUCUUCAAUGAUUUAAACCGUUUUAGGCAGUCAUCCUGCGGAGUCAAGUUUUUUUGCACCACAUCUAUUCCAAAGUGUUAUAGAGCUGUAGUAAUUCAUGGAUUUGUGGAAGAGCUGGUCGUUAAUGAAGACCCUGAAUACCAAUGGAUAGACCGAAUCCGUACACCAAGGGCAUCAAAUGAGGCUAGACAAAGACUUAUUUCACUAAUGUCAGGUGAACUUCAAAGGAAGAUUGGCUUGAAGGUACUUGAAAUGAGAGGGAAUGCAGUUGUUGGUUACUUGCAGUGUUUUGAUUUGGAGGGAGAAUCUGGACUAGUAGUACGAGCCAUAGGAACAGUCUGUACCUUGGAUAAAAUAAGUAACACAGCAUUCUUACCUGCAUGUAAUUCCCCAUCUAAAGAAAUGAAGGAGAUUCCUUUCAAUGAAGAUCCCAAUCCCAAUACUCAUUCAUCAGGACCCUCCACCCCUCUGAAAAACCAAACCUAUUCCUUUUCACCUUCCAAGUCCUACAGUCGACAGUCCUCUUCUUCUGACACAGAUUUGAGUUUGACACCCAAAACUGCACCUUCCCCACAGGGGCCUAGGAUUUUCCUGUUUCCUAGCUCCCCUACUCUGUCUUGUGGUUCCCCACAUCUUAACAAGUCCUGUCUCCUCCUCCCGGGGUCUAGCCUUAACCCUCUUCACUCUAGCCAUGUCAGCCCAUUUGUUCUGAGGAAAAGUGUUUCUUUCACUGAAGAGCUGCUUCUGGCUGCUUCUGGAAUGGGCAGUGGGAGUGCUGGAAAAGAAGGGGGACCAUUUAAAGCUCUAUUAAGACAGCAGACACAGACAGCUCUGGAGCAAAGGGAAGGAUCUCCUCAUAGGUUCUGUCGAAGGCGGGAAUUUCCCUUUUUUACCUUGACGGCCUUUCCGCCUGGCUUCCUUGUCCAUGUUGGUGGUGUUGUCAGUGCACGCUCUGUGAAGCUUUUGGACCGCAUCCACAAUCCUGAUGAACCAGAGACACGAGAUGCGUGGUGGGCGGAAAUCAGACAAGAGAUAAAAUCCCAUGCCAAGGCAUUGGGUUGUCAUGCUGUAGUGGGCUACAGUGAAUCAACUAGCAUUUGUGAAGAGGUCUGUAUUUUGUCCGCGUCUGGCACAGCAGCUGUACUGAACCCUAGGUUUCUCCAGGAUGGCACCAUGGAAGGCUGUUUGGAACAAAGGUUGUCAUGGCAGCCUGGCUUCUUUUCCAUAGGGUCAGAGAAGGGAGAGGUUGAUUUUUUUCCUCAGAACCAAGAUAGUUCUUCUCUAUUAGGGAUAGAAGAAACUUCACCUCCAGGUUGUGGAUUUUGCCACAUACCAUAUGAUGAACUGAACAUGCCAUUCCCUGCUCAUCUCACAUACUGUUACAACUGCAGAAAGCAAAAGGUUCCUGAUGUUCUUUUCACAACAGUAGAUCUGCCUGCAGAGGCAAUGGUUAUUGGGAAAGGAUGUCUUAUUCAAGCCAGGUUAUGUCGCCUAAAAAAGAAAGCUCAAGCUGAAGCAAAUGCAACAUCCAUCAGUAAUCUGUUGCCAUUUAUGGAAUAUGAAGUACACACACAGCUAAUGAAUAAACUUAAAUUGAAGGGAAUGAAUGCUCUGUUCGGUCUGAGGAUUCAGAUUACAGUGGGUGAAAAUAUGCUGAUGGGCUUGGCAUCUGCCACUGGUGUGUAUCUGACAGCUUUACCUCCCCCUGGUGGUAUUCAGAUUGCUGGGAAGACUCCAAAUGAUGGCACCUAUGAACAGCAUAUUUCUCACAUGCAAAAAAAAAUAAAUGAUACAAUAGCAAAAAACAAGGAGCUGUAUGAGAUUAACCCUCCUGAGAUACCUGAGGAAAUCAUAGGGUCUCCCUUUCCGGAACCAAGACAGCGUUCUAGGCUGCUAAGAUCUCAGUCAGAAAGUUCUGAUGAAGUUAUGGAAUUGGACCUUUCACAUGGGAAAAAGGAUGCUUUUGUCUUGGAGAUUGAUGAUACAGAUGCAAUGGAAGAUGUACAUUCUUUACUGACAGAUGUUCCACCACCUCCAGGCUUCUACAGUUGUAACACAGAAAUUAUGCCUGGCAUAAAUAACUGGACUUCUGAUAUACAGAUGUUCACCUCAGUAAGAGUAUCCAGAUUAAGUAACAUUAACCUGACAAAUCAAACACUUAACAAGAACUUUAAUGAUCUCUGUGAGAAUCUGCUUAAGAGUCUGUAUUUUAAGCUACGAUCUAUGAUUCCCUGCUGCCUUUGUCAUGUAAAUUUUACAGUGGCUCUUCCAGAGGAUGAAGUAAUUCAGGUCACAGUCACAGCAGUUGCAAUAACAUUUGACAAAAAUCAAGCUUUACAAACCAGUAAAGUCCCUGCAGAAAAAACAUUGCAAAGGGCCUCUACAGAUAAUGAAGAGCAGCUACAAUUUCCACUGGAACUUUGCUCUGAUCCUCUUGUUUCUCAACCAUUCUCACCAGCUAAAGAGGUCCUGGAGAAUGCAAGUUCCCAGACAGGUAUACCAGCUGCACAGAGAGCAACGUCAGUUGAUUACAGUUCCUUUGCAGACAGAUGCAACAGCUGGAUAGAGCUCAUUAAACUGAAAGCUCAGACCAUAAGGCGUGGAUCAAUUAAGACAACUGCUUCUCUUGACAAAGCAAGUCCACUGGCUGAGGGACACUUGCGUCACCGUUCUGUUCCAUCAUGCACCAAUUCUACUGUCUCGGUUGUUAAGAUGACACCUCUUUCUUUUAUCCCUGGGGCAAAAAUAACCAAGUAUCUUGGGAUAAUCAACAUGUUUUUUAUUCGAGAAACCACUUCUUUACGUGAGGAGGGUGGUGUCAGUGGCUUUCUCCAUGCUUUCAUUGCUGAAGUGUUUGCAAUGGUGAGGGCUCACGUUGCGGCUUUAGGGGGAAAUGCAGUUGUCUCGUACAUAAUGAAACAGUGUGUUUUCAUGGAGAACCCAAACAAAAAUCAGGCACAGUGUCUAAUAAAUGUCAGUGGGGAUGCAGUGAUAGUUGUACGUGAAUCUGAAUUAGAAAUGAUACCAGUGCAACCAUCUGCUGCAGUCUCUCAACCUGCCAGUGCUGGAGGAGAUGUCACGACAUGAAGCCAGAAGACAUGGAAUGGCUCUCCCCAAAGUAGAAAGAUCUCUGCACAGUGUGGGAAUGUAUAGCUUUGCCUCUUCAAAAAUCAAUAAUUCUCCAAAAUAUUACAAUCAGCUAAAUCCGAGACAAUCGCUAACCUUCGUCCAUCAACUUUACAUAAUAGCCAGCGCAGCAUUUUAUUGGCAAGUACCCUGUAAUUCCAUUUUUUUAAUUACUAGCCCCUGUGAAAUCUAGACAGAAGAUGAGGCAUUGAUCUAAAGGAAUUCCAUAGAGCUCCUGAAAUAAAACAGGAACUUACCUAUGUUUUUUCUUUAUGUAGUUGUUUGAGAGGGCCAGAACAAAUAACUCAAACAGUAUCUGAGACUGAUAAUGCUUGUUCAUGUUAAUUUACUCUUAGUUAAUUUGAGAAACAAACUGGAAGAUAAUCAAGAAACUGGAAUCAGCUGCCUUUGAAUGAGCAAGAGAUCAUGAAUUGGUUUAAAAAAAUGUUACCAAAUAAGCAAUCGAUCUGAAAUUAAGUCUGUGAAGAGCUUUAGCUCAUGGAACUUUGAGAGGAAAAAAGCACCAGAAAUGACUGUCUGAAUUUAACAGCGUGCGAAAAUGUUUUUCAGCUGUUUGUGAACAAGUGCAUAUUUUUAUUGUACAACAUAUUUUUUUAUUUUAAAUGUUCGAUAUUGUUGCUGCAUUGUGAGCAUAACUAUAGUAAAACAAAAUAAAUUAUUAUAUCUGGUUCAGGUAUUAUAAGCUCAUUUCCAUAUUAACAUUUGUACAAUCCUUUUUUUUUUUUUUUGGAAAGAGUCUGCAAAAUAUUGUCUUAAACUACUGAAGUCCAGUUUUUUAGGGCAUGAUCUUGCAAUAUUGAUACAGACAAAAUCUGAGAGACAGUCACCUGCAUAUAUGGAGGCAGAAUCAGGCCCUCUGUAUUUUGCUAUCUGGAAAUGUCUGGCUAACUUGGAUAAAAGAACAAUUAAAGGACAUUAACUUCUGCAAGUCAGGUUUCCUUUCAAAUUCUAUAAUUGGGAGAUGAUGGGUACUGCAGGAAAAGGAAACAAUCCAUUUCCAGCAAAUCUUUUGAAGACUUUGGUAGAAUAAUAUAAAGACUGACUCUUUAGAUUUGAAGACAAUUUCGUGGGAAUGUGUGUUGACAACAUCUAAAAUGGAACUUGAAUAAAUGUGUAAACUUGAAUGUAAAUAUUCUAUGUAGUCAGACCCAAAUAUCCCAUUGUAUAUGAGCAUGAAAAUCAUAUUCCUCUUUGUACAAUAAAUUUCUGUAUUAAACCACUGGAUUUUUUUUGUUCGUUGUAGGUCAGCAUAUAAUAGCUACAUGCUGAAGCUUUUGGAAUGGCAUGGCAAGCUCAUCUUCAAAUAUAAAGAAGGGUAGAGAUUAGUAAUCUCUUUAACAAGGUUUUGAAUUGGGUGCCCUUAAGGGGAUUUGGUUCAUCAAGCUUAAUUACAUUUUGUUAAAUUCUGUGGCAGUGAUCAAUAAAGCUUCUCUUAUUUAG